CCUCCAUGCGUGUGGCGUAGCGACAGACAUGGUGAUGUCUCGGUGUGUCCAGGCGGGAGCAGCCUUCGUGGUCAGCCCCUGCUGCUACGGAUUCAUCCAGAACACACUCCGUUCACCUUCCCCCGGAGCAAGAGGUUCCAGGAGAUUCUGAGUUACAAGGAGCACAUGGUGCUCUGUCGCUUCGCUGACCAGACUGCCGGCCAGCUGCCCCCUGAAAGAAGAGUAAUAGGUAAGCAGUGCAUGGGUCUGGUCGACCUGGACCGCUCCUGGGCCGCAGAGGAUUGUGGGUACUCUGUGCGUGUGAUGACCAUGGAGCCAGAAAGCUGCUCUCCGAAGAACAACAUGCUGGUGGGCGUGCUCAGACCGGCGGACGGAGAAACUACAAGAAAACAGGAAGAACUACAACCACAGGUCCUACCUGAGAAUGGUGGCCAGAUUGAAACUACAAGGACCAUAAUGCACCAGUAGGACGUUCAGGGAUGAUGGGAGGGGCUCUUGUAAAUGUGUGAGGUGUUUAUGUCCAGAAGGCCUUUUUAGAAAGCGGUAUUGAUUUUUAUACAUGGUGGGACUUCUUCUAACUGGCCAGAAACACUUCCUGGUUUUAUUUAUAUAAUUUUCUGUCAGCUUAAUUUUAUUCUUU